AUGCUGCCGAACAAUGAGGUUCGCCUUCCUCGUCCGCGGAUUGCCCAGCCCGCAAUCCCGCGCGACAUCACGGCCGAAUUUACAGAAGCCGCGUCGAAAUUAAGCACAGGUCGGCUCGUAAAAGAUGAGACGUUCACGCUAUUCGAGGCGGUGGGCGCAUUGGAGAUUAUGGAUUCAAAAAUGGACAGUGGCUACAUAGCUCCCGGGGAGAAUCUUGCGCAGGCGCUUGAAGACGACUACGAUGUACGGCGACCGUUGACACCAGAGGAGGUUGUGGGCUUGAUGGACCAGUUGCUGUGUCACGAGGUUGCAUGGCACAAGGGACAUCCUCUCUCGCAGACGCUUUUCACGUCAAUUUACCUUGAUAGACUAUUGUGGCCGGUGCCGAGAACUAUUGAGGACGCUCGGUUCGACCGUAUACCAAGCGAGUCGCCACUAGUCAGCCUUGUCCUGCGGGCGUACUGCCUUGCACUUGUCAAAGCUUGUGACAUCGUUCAUGUUCGAGUGUCUACAGAAUACUAUUACGAGGAAGAGGAUUUUGUCAGUCAAUUAUACAACCGCAACUUGCUUUCUGCGUUUGAUAUAAGCCACUUUCACCAUCUGUUGGACCAGGCGACUGCUUGGCUUGCGGAGACUGCCGAUAUUGACGAAAAACUCAAAGACGCCAUUCGUUGCAGACUGGUGUUUCGCCAUGAAUUCUUAUCUGCACUUGAUCAGGACCUUGAAAUUCUUGAAAACCGAUCCACCCAAAAUUUUGAGUCAUGUGUAUCUCAACUUGGACCUCUCACAGAGUCAGUGUCUUUAGGCAAGCCAGUACCGGAGGCUUUUAGUUUGAAAAUUCAGCGGAAGCUGGCCAGCACAGUACCGCCUCGCCCGAUGGUCCAGAUUACUUCUGAUGAUGCGCUGGCACAUCUGAAACGGCUGUGCCAAGACGCAAUAGACAUGCAGCAAAUGCUUGACUACCGUGGUCCAAGCAACUUCAAGACUGCUGUAUGGACGUUGCUCUCUAGAAAACCCCAACCAUCUAUAUAUAUUCGCUGCCUUCUCCAGGCGUUGAUUGUGAGCAACAUGACUAUCCUCGGUGCUGUACCUGUGAAGCAAUUUUUAUACGACGAGCUCGCGGAGCUCGUACUACCUGCCAAUAUACUACUUGAGGCCAACACCGAUGAGGUGGAAAUGCCGUCCGAUCCUCGCUUUCAAAUUGCCCAAAAGAUGGAAGGCUUCCUAAAGCGAUUUUCCCAGCCAUUUGUUGAUACAGUGCGAUGCGCUUGCCUCAACCGCUGUCGAAUUCGCCGAACACUCUGUCAUACUAUUGUCGAUUGGGAUAAUUUGCAAAUGGAGGCUGAAGAGCUCGAUCUCGAGCUUCGCACAUUGAGUGCAGAGCCACCGCUACAAUUCCAAGGCGGCGAACCCACUUGGUCUUUCCCACUCAGCAGUUGGGCUUAUCACCAAAAGCUCGUUCAGUUCCGACUCAUCCUUCAAAUGGGCUUUGAGUUGUCGAUUUACUCCCCCGAAGAAUUACCAGGAAUGUACUGGUAUCUUUCUCAUAUUUGCUCCACACAUCUUGGCCACAUUGAUCGCAUUCGCACGUUUACUGUUGCUGCGCGAAAACGGGACCUGAUAUCUACUGACACCCGUGCUGGAAAUUCCUCUCAAAAAGCAGCCGCAUUCCAUCGAUCAUUCCACACUCUGGAGAGACUUACCACGCACAUAAUCGCAGUUGACGCCUUUGCUAUCGCCUUGCAUGCAUUGUACGUGGUACUUGCACGACACAAUGUGCUCCCCAUAGCCUCCUCCUCCCCUCAAGCAUACUCUUCCGACCGACUGAGGUAUGAAAUUCGCAUGAAGCCUUUUAUUCCCAUCACUUUGCCAGAGUUGGUGCCAUAUGAGGAAUAUCAACGCGAGGCUGCACUUGAGGGUGAUUCCGAUACCACCAUUUUGGAGCGUGCCUCCAAAGCAAUUACGGAGGCACGAAAAGCUUGGGAGGCGAACCUUGCCAAUGGGGCGUUCAUUGAUGAUCCUUCCGAUUCCACUUCGACGUCACCGUUAGCCAUUGAAGGUGACUGGAAGCGCGAUGCAAAGGAUACUAUGCGUGCCUGUAUUGGAACCAGUGUUGCUAUUGAAGUGGUAAAGAAGGCAUUGGCAGCAUCUACUGAAAGCAAGCCUCUCAACUUGGAGGUGAUUGUCCCUGACGUUGGAUCUAAGGCUCGCUGGCAUGAUUACUGGGUGGUGCCGCAGGUCUCUGAGAAGACGCCCAAGGCUUAA